AUGCCGGAAAAACAUCGGAAAAAGAAAGCGAUCCCAAAAGGAGUCUCCAACCGGCGAGCAGGGAUAGAUUGGAUUCGCAAGCACGUCGAGGAUGGAGUCAUGUACUUCGCGGACGAUGACAACUCCUACGAUCGGCGUAUAUUCGAAGAGAUGCGUUGGACGAAGAAAGUGUCGAUGUGGCCGGUGGGUCUGGUGGGACACCUGGGCCUGUCCUCGCCCGUCGUCAUCGACGGCAGAGUCAUCGGUUUCUACGACGGGUGGAUAGGAGGGCGUAGGUUCCCCGUCGAUAUGGCCGGAUUCGCCGUCGGCAUCCCGUUCUUCCUCUCG